AUGGGUAACAGAACCAGCAUCGUAUCAGGCCGGACGGCUGACUCUGCCAGUGCUGACCCAGCAAGCCCUGCUGCACUCGAUGCAUCUAAGCUCAAUAUCACCCUCGCAAAGAAAUUGAAGCCCCUGCAGCCCAUCGAGACAUUACGUUUCGGCCAGACGUUCGCGGACCACAUGAUCAUUGCAACUUACGACCCUGAAAUAGGGUGGUCCGCGCCUGAGGUCAAGCCAUAUGGGCCCAUAACACUUGAUCCUCAAUGCUCGUGCUUCCAGUACGGCGGAAACGUCUUUGAGGGUAUGAAGGCCUAUCUUGGGCCUGAUGGUAAGGCGCGCCUGUUCCGCCCAGAUAUGAACAUGCGUCGAAUGGAGAAGUCUUGUGCACGUCUCGCUCUUCCCCCUAUCGAUGGAGAUGUCAUUUUAGAACUAAUAAAGCGCCUGGUGAAUAUUGAAAUGCGCUGGAUACCCAAAGAAUCGGGGUAUAGUUUGUAUAUCCGUCCUACCGUCAUCGCAACCCGCCCAGGUUUGGGAGUAACGGCAUCUGACCAUGCGAUGCUUUACAUUCUUGCAUCACCGACUGGGCCAUACUUUACGAAGCCUGUUUCUCUCCUUGCGGUCAGUGAAAAUGUGCGGGCGUGGCCGGGUGGAACUGGAGGGCACAAAGUUGCUGGCAACUAUUCGCCUAGCUUCCUACCUCAACGCACUGCUGCAGAGAAAGGCUACGACCAAAUCCUUUGGCUGUUUGGUGAUGACAGAAGAGUCACAGAGGCUGGAGCGAUGAACUUUUUCGUUGUAGUCAAGAGGGAUGACGAUGACGGCGUGGACCUCAUCACUGCUCCUCUGGACGGAACUAUUCUACCUGGAGUCACUAGAGCAUCGUGUCUUGCCCUUGCAAGCGAUCCAGAAUUCCACGAAGAAAUCUCAGUGCGUAUACACCCGCAAGAAAUGAUAUAUACCAUGCAUGACAUCGCGAAAUGGUCAUCCGAGGGCAAACUGCUGGAAGCCUUAAUCGUAGGCACGGCGGUCAUUGUCGGACCUUGCAAUAGAAUUGGGUACGAGGGUAAGGACAUUGUAAUUCCUGGGGCUGGGACGGGCCCGGUUGGUACGGCACUCCGGAAAAAGAUCCUUGAUAUCCAGGAGGGUAGAACAGAGUGGAAAGGAUGGGGCGUCGUCUGCUCUUAG